GAAAUAUGGCGGUCAGUUCGAAAACCAAGGUUGUCGAAAACAGAUAAUUAGUCAGUGCAAAAACUUCGCAUUGUUGAAAGACUGCUGCAUAUAUAUGUAAUUUCAUAAAUGCUGAAGUCUAAGAGAUACUACUGUAUGCACUUGGAACUAAAGAGAACGUCUGUUUCUUCUGUGAUACUGACGAAGUGUACUAGACCUAGAGAUGAUAUUUUGGAGAUUAUAAAAUCAAACAAAAUUUUACUACUACCCCGGUAUGGAUGAUUUGGUUCAAAAAGCGCAGAUUUUCCGGGAUAUACUUAUAGCUGCACGGGGACAGGGUGCUGCUGAUUGGUCCAUGGAGGAUUUGGAGAGAGCUUAUGGUUGGGCCGGGUACUUUGAACAGGCCUAUGCCAGGAUCAGAUCCAAGCCUCAAAUAGCAGACAGGCUUGACAGGCGGCUAAAAGUGCUAACCAGCACUGAAGCAUCACCACUGGGGUACCAGCAGUUCUCUCUACAGCUUCUGGGAGAAGCGAAACAAUUUGUGGAUCAAGCUUUGCUGCAGAACUCACAUUUACCUCCUAUGCUGUACUCUGUGGUUUUACAAAGAUGUGUGCAGAACAUGGGCAACAAGGCUCAACUCAGGAAGAACACUGUGGCCCUCUCCCAGCUUCAGUCUGCAGUACAGCUUAUUGGCCACAUGAGGGAGCUGCUACACAGAAACCACAGUGACUUGUUCCAUUCAGGAUCUGAAGUCAAUAAUUGCUGCCAAGUAGAGACAGAUGCCUCACUUCUCCUCCAGUUCUUAGACCUGCACCUAGCCGGGAGUGCACCAACACAAAGAUCAAAAGCAGCCAUUGACAGAAAACUGCAGGAAAUUGUUUUACAGCAACAAGGAUGGGAGGCAGUCUUAACUGCACUAGUUCUGAACGUGGAAACACACGGAACACCUUCAGCUGGACCCAGUAUAGAUGGAGAGUCCAACCCUGUCUGCAGCUUCUUACUCCAUUGGGUUUUACAAACAGAGCACAGCAGGUUUAUUUUCCAGGUGCAGAGUACACUACUGGUGAAGGUGGCCGCUGUCUACUUCAGUUUCUACAAGUCAUAUCUGGGAUUUCUGGUGGAGUGGGGGAAGGACAUGGUGGUGACAGGGCAGUCACAGCAGGGCCGAACAUGGAGACACAGGAAAGGGGCUGAUCACUACUCGUUUGACGAGCUCCUGUCUCGCGUGUUAAGCCUGCUGGAAGGCCCAGCACACGUGGCAACAGCAACACUGAAGUCCAUCCAGUCCCUCCCUGCCCCUGCAACCAGCCCCAGGAAACGUACCAUCUGGGAGGAGAUAUUUCAAACACCUCAAGUCAUUUCCAUUAUUCAAACAAAAAACUUGCAGGAAUAAUAAGGAUGCCUUCUUGAACAUGAUAAAGUCUAAGCAUCUCGAUCAACAAUCAGAAAUAUCCCAUUAAUAUGACGCUACUUGUAUUAAUACUGUACUUUUUAUAAAAUUCAAUUUUCAUGUAACAUGUAUCUUAUCAUUAAUCUAUGUGAACUCCUUGUACAGAAAAAGGACACUACAUGAAGGUACAAAAUAAAAACUGCAUUAAAUUGAAGGUUUA